AUGGAUUCAAAUCAAGAAAACUUAUAUCUAGCUGAAGAUGAAUUGAUGGAAUUAGAUCAACAAACUUUUCAAGAUGAUGAAGAAAUGGAAGAGAUUAGGAAAAAUUUACCAAUUCUUAGUCAAGAGACAAUAGUUGUACCAGUUAAUGAGAUAAUACAGGAGGAAGCAAGUCCUUCUUCAUAA